UCCUGGUUCCCCAGGCCCCUCCAAGCGCAGUCGCUCGCGAGACUUCCGCCAACCCUAACAGGAAAGGUUUACCCUGCCGCUGCCUCCGGGCUAGGGGAGGCAACGAAGUAAUAAUCCCAGGGGGAAUCCCAUUUCUGGGUUCUUCCCACCUGCCCCGAAGCCGAAUGCUGCCCAGAGAUGAGCCCACAGCACUUGGCGUCAGAGCUCUGUGGAUGGUCGGACUUCCAAACCACCUGCCUCCGCCGUGGGUCCGACUCCCCGCGAGCUGGCGCCGCCCUCCCCACCUGGGAUGGCUGGGGGCGGGGCCUGGGUAGAGGCGCGGUCUCCAGGGUGACGGCCGCGCGGAAGAGGCGGGGCUAGGGCCCUGGUCUCCACUGCCCGGCUCCUGGGGGCCAUGACCGGGAAUCGCGGCCCCCGAGAGUCAGGCAGAAGCGGGGCAGAAGGGACAGCGCCAGAGGCCAGUGCUCCCAACCCAGUAAUUCCAGUCUCUGACUGGCGGCAGAACAAGGGUCGGAGCCUGGGGCCGCUUGUCGCGGAGUGGCGGCGCGGGCGGGCCAUGUCUUGGGACUCCCCGUCGCUGUGGGUGCUGGUAGAGGAGCACGUUCCGCUCCCGGAGCGGCCCGAAGUGAAGAGGAUUCUGGGGGAGACGACGGUGGACCUGAGCCUGGAACUGCGGGCAGAGGUGGGGAGUGGGCUGAUGGGUCACUCCAGGCCUGUCCCACGAUUCGGUCGCAAGGUGUCCCAGCUCUCCUUGCAGGUGGUGAUGCUACAGUCACUGCUCCGUGAGGCUCGAUCCUCCCAAGCCUCUGGCUCCCGACCCACCUCUGACCCCUCCUCCCUUCUGGCACCACCGCCCCUCCUAAGAGACCUCGUGCGCCAGGAACUGAGACAGCUACUCCUUGGUCUCCGCCAGAAGGCCAUCUGCGAGGGCAGAGACCAGACCCAGGUUUGGAUCCAGUAUAGCCCCAGGGUCCUGCGCUUUGCCCUGGAGGAGCCUGGGUGUAAUUUGCCAGAACAGGAGAUAUUCCAGAUGAGAGCUGGUGAAUCCAGCAGCAGUCAGAGGGACCUCAGCGUCAUCAAGGACCAGCUGAACGUGUCCAGCAUCGACCAGGUUGCCAGACACCUGCGGAGCCUCCUGGAGGAGGAGUGUCACAUGUUGGAGAGGAUGAUCCCCAUCCUGCAGCGCCGCCUGGAAGAGGAGUAUACAGGGGCAUCCCAGCCCUCUGAGGCCACCCUAGAGCCCACCCUGGCAGAGCUACGGGAACAGAAGGUGGCCAUGCAACAAGAGCUGCAGGUGCCUCUGAGGCCUUCCUGUGUCUCUUCCAGCCAUAGGCAGCAGCCCGCGGGGUCCUCCAAGGGUCUCAGACCCUUGCCUUGCCUCCGUGGGGCUUCUGGAGUUUGGGCUGAGCCUCUCCGGUGCUGCCUGCCUGCCCCUCCUCUGGAGCGCUGCCCCCGGCCUCGAGGCCUGACUACCACCUGCCGCUGGGGACGGAAGCUUCAGCGCAGCCCUGGGAAAAGGCCAGCUUCUACUCCAAUGUCCAGUACAGCACCCCAGGCCCCAACCUGAACGACCGGUCACAAAGUAGGCUUCGGCUCACCCCAUCCUCUGCUGCCACCUCUCAGCUGCCGUGGCCCAGCCCGCUUCAGAUCUUGUCUUGGUUGGAUGGGCCCUGGCCAGGACGCCAAGGCUGUCUGUCUAUCUGGCCCUUGCCCCACCCCCUCGCCAAGUCCCUAGUGUCUGUUUCUGACGACCAUAGCCUUUGGCCUUUCUUCUCCCAGCCCUCCACAAACUCUUGGCAGGCAGAGGUCUCAUCCCAGCCCCAACUCUUGUCCCCCUGGGGGACUCACACAAAGCACAGCAGCAGCUCAGAGACAGGAAUAGAAAUUUCAUUAAAAUCUAUGGACUUUAAAA